AUGUGGCGGCGCACUUAUCUUCUCCUAGUUCUCAUCAGACUCUAUUUUGCUCUGUCCCCCAGUUACCUCCAUCCUGAUGAGAACUUUCAAGGGCCGGAAGUGAUUGCUGGCCAGAUCUUUAGUUACCCUGUCCGGCAUACAUGGGAAUUCACUAGCGAAACCCCGAUUCGGAGUGUCUUUCCGCUAUGGCCUGUCUAUGGCCUGCCCAUGCUCUUGCUCCGCUGGCUUUGGGUUGGUAACGGCCAGGAUGGCGAUGUUCCCCCUAUUGCCGUCUUCUGGACGUUGAGGUGUCUCAUGUUUCUGUUGAGCUUUGUGCUGGAAGAUUGGGCUCUUCACGAGCAAAUCACCUCAACUCGCCAUCGCCGCAUUGCUGGUCUUCUCGUGGCGUCGUCCUAUGUAACCUGGACUUUCCAAACCCAUACAUUCUCCAACUCGAUUGAGACCCUAGCGGUCUUGUGGAGCUUGGUAUUGAUACAACGCAUCCUGGAUCCUCAUUCAUCCAUCUUGUCCUCGGUGGUCCUGGGCAUGGUUGUUGUGUUUGGCAUCUUCAACCGCGUUACUUUCCCAGCUUUUCUAAUACUACCUGGACUGAGGUUGAUACCUCAUUUUCUGAAGAAUCCUUUUUCGUUGGCGGCCCUGGUUUUGGCUGCCCUUUCUACUGCUUUAACUGCCAUUGCUAUCGACACUGCUUUUUACACUCCAGGUCCUAUUAGUUGGUCCGAUCUCAUCGCCAACCCGGUCAUCACUCCUCUAAACAACCUGGUAUAUAAUUCGAAUCCUGAAAACCUGGCCCUUCAUGGCUUACACCCCUGGUACCAACAUCUCCUCGGAAACUUACCGCAGCUCAUUGGGCCUGCAGCUGCGUUACUGUUCUUGCAACCUCAUAAAUCCCUGAGGUUGUGGUCAGCUGUUUCCGGAAUCGUCGUCCUAUCUUUCAUUAAACACCAAGAAGCGCGGUUCCUUCUUCCGGCUGUACCACUCAUUUUAUCAUCUGUGCGGCUACCGAAAAAUCGAACUCUUCUUCGAACUUGGGCUGCGAUUUGGGUGAUUUUCAAUAUCUUCUUUGGUGUGCUUAUGGGGACAUAUCAUCAGGGUGGUAUUGUCCCUGGGCAAGUAUUCAUGAGCAAACAACCUGACGCCACGAACGCCAUAUGGUGGAAAACCUAUCCUCCCCCGAUCUGGCUUCUAAACGGCAAGAAUGAAGUUUUGACCACCAAGGAUGUCAUGGGAAUCAAGGGCGAGGUUUUGUUGGAACAGUUGGCCCAGUUGGCUACUUGCGAUACUCCUGCGGACCGGCGCAAUACCGAGUAUUUGAAGGAGAAGAACGGGACUUACUUAAUCGCGCCGGCAUCAGCCACCUGGUUAGACCCGUAUCUUCCCAACAAGGGGCUAGAAGGAUUGCGAUUCCGAGAGGUGUGGCGUUACAGGAACCAUCUUAACUUGGAUGAUUUAGAUUUUGGAGAUGACGGAGUCUGGAAUACUCUGUCCAGAGUUAUUGGUCGUCGGGGGCUUGUUGCCUGGCGAGUUACUAAAAGCUGUGGGUUAUAG